GCCUUCCCCAGAGCGCAGCACAGUCAUUGACUUCCCAGGCGCAGUUAAAAUCUGUUCCAUCUGCAUUUGGCCUUUCCAAUAAAAGCACAAGUGAGCCCUCUUUGUUUACAAGUGAAUGAGUGAUGUGAUGACGCAUGACGUGUAGGGCUCGCGUAUAACAUGUUAGGAGCGCCCGAGUCGAGCGGCAGCGGGCCAUGUGCGCACACGCACGCGCCGAGAGCUCGCGCGGGGGGGCGGGGGCGGGGGGCUAUCUCGCGCUGCUGCUGAUAGCGGGUGCAUCCGCCGCGCUAUCAGCCACCGACUCCACUCGCCACCUCCAUAUCUUCGGCUGGCACCUACAGCUGCAAGAGAACGAGGCGAUCCUCGCGCCGCACUACAAGGAGUGCCGGUACUACUCGGGGCGCGUGGUGGACGUGAACGCGUCGGCGGCGAUGGUGACGGAGUGCGCGGGGCGCUGGUACGGGCUGGUGCAGGUGGGCGAGGAGGUGUUCGCGCUGCCCCCGCGCCGCGCCCCCCGCCCCGCCCCCCGCCCCGCGCACGCGCUGCGCCGCCGGGACCUGGUGCUCACGCUGGUGCCGCAGCAAGUGCCGGUCUACAACCUCACGGACGACAUCCAGCCCGAGCUGGACUAUGACGAAGAAGAGCUGACGCCAGCAAAGGCACGCAUCCAGACGCGGAGUAGCCUGGCGACACACGAGGACUUCUUCAGGACGGAGCCCCCAGCCUUCAGACCCGGUUCACGGCUGUGGCUGGAGCUGGCGGUGGUGGCGGACCACACGAUGCUCGAGUUCCACGGAGACAAAGUUCAGCACUAUAUUUUGGCUCUCAUGAAUAUUGUGACAGCGAUCUUCAACGAGCGUUCCCUGGGAGCCAACAUGACCAUCGUGAUCCGCAAGCUGUACCUGCUGCAGCGGCCCGACCCGGCCGUGCGCUACGCCGACAUCAGCGACGCGCUGCGCCGCGUCAACAAGUGGAACAAGAGGCAUCUGCUGAAGAUUGAGGAUGAGUCCUCCCGCUGGGACGCCCUAGUCUGGCUGACGCGCGCGGCGCUGGGCGGCGGCCCGUCGGGGCUGGCGCGCAUGAACAGCGUCUGCAGCAUGAACUCCUCGGCCGUGGUGCACGACGAGGGCUUCAACAGCGGCUUCGUCAUCGCGCACGAGAUCGGACACCUGCUGGGCCUCCACCACGACGACGCGGGCGCGUGCGGCGGCGGCGGCGGUGGCGGCGGCAGCGGCGGCGGCGGCGGCUCCGUGAUGAGCUCGGUGGUGCGCUCCUCGCUGCACUUCACCUGGUCGCCCUGCUCCAGGAACCAGUUCCACAUCAAGUCCAGGCGAUGGAAGUGCCUGCACUCGCGCUCGGCUGCGGCGGGGUUCGCGCUGGGCGAGGACGGGCCGGCGGGCGCGGCGCAAGUGUUCGGAGUAGACCACCAGUGCCGCGUCGACUUCGGGGAUGGGUUCUCAGUGUGCAAGGAGAAGAUGGAGGCUCCGUUCUGCGCGGUGCUGUACUGCGCGCACCGCGCCAGCCCCGCCACCUGCUACUCUAAGAACCAGCCGCCGCUGCAGGGGACACCUUGCAAGGAACACCAUCGAUGCAUGGACGGCGAGUGCGUCCCGGAGCCCGAGACUCCCAAGACUCUCGAGACUCCUGAGACACCCGAGACUCCCAAGACUCUCGAGACUCCUGAGACACCUGAGGCUCCCGAGACUCUUGAGACUCCCAAGAUUUCUGAGACGACUCCGCGGGCCGAGGGCGUGUGGGGCGCGUGGACCCGGGGCGGCUGCCGCGCGGACUGCGGCUACGGGCUGCGGGUCAGCAGGCGGCGCUGUCACACUCAAUCGGGAGUGGGGUGCCACGGGCCGAGCAGCAAGGUGUCUCCGUGCUACUCGGGGCGAGCGUGCGGGCGCGCGCGCGACGCCCGGACCGACCUGUGUCGCCGCGAGGACGCCGCGCUCAUACCCGCCCUCACUGACGACAGUAGAGUCGAAACAUUGUCAGCUAUGGUGCGUGAACUACACAGGAGGUGAAGCAGUGACGUUUGGUUCCCUCCCCGACGGAACACCCUGUAGCUACGAUAAACCUUAUGAUGUUUGCUAUCGGGGUCUAUGCCUGGAAGGAUCCUGCAACUCAACGGACCCGGCGUGCAACUGGUGCCCGCGCGGACACUGCAAAAACUACACGCAUAGCGGCACUAGACUACUGCG